UCUUCUCCGAUAACUACGUGAUAUCUUUCAAUUGGAUCUGAAGAUUGGUUUUAUUCUUAUGCGAUUGGAAUGAUUUGAUCUUCGUUGAUCGUCGCAGAGUGUCUCACUCAGUUGAUGAAUAUUACUGUAACAGAGGAGGAGGAGGAGAAUCUGCUUCAGUGUUCGUUUCUGAAACCUCUCAGCUUCAUCACAAGUUUGAGUUUUGAGAAGAAACCUGCCUCCAACGUAAACCCUAGAUUUAGAUGGGAUAAGGCAGAGAUUCUUCGUGUGUUGAUAACUUUGAGAUGGUUUCUUCACAAGGCUCUGACGUGAUGAGCCUUGUGGAUACAUUGCCUGUUCUUGCCAAAACCCUUAUCGCAGGUGGAGCUGCUGGUGCAGUUGCUAAAAGUGCUGUUGCUCCCUUGGAAAGAAUCAAAAUUCUAUUGCAGACUAGAACCAACGACUUCAGGUCCCUUGGUUUGACCCACUCACUAAAGAAGGUCUUACAAUGCGACGGUCCUCUCGGAUUCUACAAAGGAAACGGAGCGAGUGUUAUUAGGAUUAUCCCUUACGCCGCUCUUCAUUACAUGACGUAUGAAGUCUAUCGUGACUGGAUUUUGGAAAACAACCUUCCUUUAGGCUCUGGUCCCGUUGUUGAUCUUGUGGCUGGUUCAGCCGCAGGUGGAACUGCAGUUUUGUGCACGUACCCCCUCGAUUUAGCUCGUACUAAGCUAGCUUACCAGGUUUCUGAUACAGGACAGAGUUUCCGAGGUGGUACCAUUGGCUUUUACCGCCAACCUGCAUGUUCAGGCAUUAGAGAGGUGCUUACAAUGGCUUAUAAAGAAGGGGGACCACGUGGGUUAUAUCGAGGCAUAGGGCCAACGCUGAUCGGCAUCCUUCCAUACGCGGGGCUUAAGUUCUACAUAUACGAAGAACUGAAAAGACAUGUUCCUGAAGAGCAUCAAAACUCUGUUCGAAUGCAUCUACCUUGUGGUGCUUUAGCUGGUUUAUUUGGCCAGACUUUGACUUACCCAUUAGAUGUUGUUAGGAGACAAAUGCAGGUGGAGAAUCUGCUGCCUAUGACGGGUGAUGGCAGCAACAAACGUUACAAGAACACAUUUGAUGGGCUUAACACGAUUGUUCGAACUCAGGGUUGGAGACAGUUGUUUGCUGGUUUAAGUAUCAACUACAUUAAGAUUGUUCCAUCGGUUGCAAUUGGCUUCGCAGUGUAUGAGUCAAUGAAGUCAUGGUUGCGGAUUCCACCACGAGAGAGAUCAAAACCAGCAUAAGGGCUUUUUGUUCAUUGGCACACUCUUAAAGCAGAGAACACACAAGAUAACACAGUUCUUUUAUUUACUUUCUCAGGCAAAUUGGCCCCUUAUUCUUUUUUACUUUGUAGUGAUAAUAUUCUUUGGAUACAUGAAGCAAAAGUUUAUAAAUUUGUUACCAAACGCAUAUAUAUACAAAAAAGGUUUGAUUUA